AUGGGAAACACAACCUCCAAGUCUUUAUCCGUUGACGAAAAUUCUGUGCCCCCAAUAUUUCAAAGAUCUGAGACUUCUACCUCAAUCAGAUCUUCAAGAUCUAUCAAAUCAAAUAAAUCAAACAAGUCUUCUAAAUCAAACAAGUCUAGCAAAUCUGCAAGAUCCCUAUCCAACAAAUUAAAAUCAAAAUUAAAGUCCUCAUCCAAUAAUAACAGUUCAACUAAUCUCACUAACGAUAAUACUCCCAAUACCAAUAUUAAUUUAAACAACUUGAAUAACUUCAAAAAUUCAAUAAAUAAUGAUUCCAUCACUGCAAUUAACAACGAUUUGCCCCCAUCAAUGGCUGUAUUACAACCAAAGGAACCGAUUUUAAUAAGGCGUGAUUCUCAAGUACAAUCUCAAUCAGAUCUACCUGACUUGCUCAACAAUACCUUUGAAAAUAGUGACAAUAACCAAAACAAUGACAACAAUGAAAAUAAUCUUUAUGACAUCUCCAAUUUCUCCAACUUCUCUAAUGAUAUUGAUAAUAAUAAUAAUGCUAAUAACUUAUCAACGGCAAAUAUCAACCCAACCUCCAUCGUAAAUAGUAGAUCGAAUUCCUUUUCAACCGACAACAAUAACAACUUGAUAUCAGAUCUAUCAACCUCUCUAAGAAAUAUAACAAUUGACAACGAUAACAACGACGCUAAUUUUAAUAAUCACAAAAGGAAUAAAUCAACUUCCUCAUUCACAUCAAUAGGCUCUUCUUUACCUGGAACUCCUCUAACCAGCGAUAUCAAUAUUACAAAUCUAUCUUCUGAACCAAACUCAAACGUCAUCACUCAUAUCACCACAAGUAACUUAAAAAUUUUAGAUGUCGAAGUUUUAAUUCAGAGACUAUUAGACGCUGGUUAUUCCGCUAAAAGAACUAAAAACUUGUGUCUAAAAAACUCAGAAAUUCAAAUCAUUUGUUCAACUGCUCGUGAAAUUUUUUUAAAUCAACCAACAUUACUAGAAUUAACGCCUCCCGUUAAAAUAGUAGGCGAUGUUCAUGGCCAAUAUCCUGAUUUGAUUCGAAUCUUUUCAAAAUGUGGGUUUCCCCCUAAAUCAAACUAUUUAUUUUUAGGUGACUACGUUGAUAGAGGCAAACAAAGCUUGGAAACCAUUUUAUUAUUAUUAUGCUAUAAAAUUAAAUACCCUGAAAACUUCUUUUUAUUACGAGGUAAUCAUGAAUGUGCAAAUGUUACUAGAGUUUAUGGGUUCUUUGAUGAAUGCAAAAGAAGAUGCAAUAUUAAAACAUGGAAGAUAUUCAUUGAUACAUUUAAUACUUUGCCUAUAGCAGCCAUAGUUGCUAACAAAAUAUUCUGUGUCCAUGGCGGAUUAUCACCGGUUUUAAACUCAUUGGAUGAAAUCCGAAACAUAUCAAGGCCAACGGAUGUUCCAGAUUUUGGAUUAUUAAGCGAUCUAUUAUGGUCCGAUCCUUCAGAUACUAUAAAUGAAUGGGAAGACAAUGAAAGAGGUGUAUCAUAUUGUUUCAAUAGGAUUGCUAUAAAUAAAUUUCUAACUAAAUUUAAUUUUGAUUUGGUUUGUAGGGCUCAUAUGGUUGUUGAAGAUGGAUAUGAAUUUUUCAAUGAUAGAACAUUGGUUACAGUUUUUAGUGCACCAAAUUAUUGUGGAGAAUUUGAUAAUUGGGGAGCAGUUAUGAGUGUUAAUGAUGAUUUAUUAUGUAGCUUUGAAUUGCUAGACCCAUUGGAUUCAAUUGCAUUGAAACAAAUUAUGAAAAAGGGGAAAUACGAAAGAAAACUUGCCAACACUGGCAAUCCAAAUAUUAAUCCAAAUAAGACAAAUGGAAAAGCUAUUACAAAUGGAAGAGAAGAAAGUACUGCUGCCAGCAAUAGUAAUAGUAAUAAUAACAGUAAUAUUAAUAGUAAUAGUAAUAGUAAUAGUAAUAGUAAUGACAAUGAUAAUGCCAUCAGUAAUGGCAUUAGUGAUGGUAAUGACUAA